AGCGCGGGGCGUGGGACGGGAGAAGACGGACCUACUCAGGCCCCGCCCCCGGCAGCGGCGCCGGGGCGGCCUGGGGGCGUGUCCUAGGCGGGCCACGCCCUCCCCGCCCGCCCCGCGCUGCCCCGCGCUCCACCCUCCGGGCCGCGGAGCUUCGGCCAGCGCUGGGAGGGCCGGCCCCGGGAUGCCACACGUGACCCAACUGUACCACCAUGUGUCAGAAAAGCGCUGGCCCAUCGUGUACUCUCCACGCUACAACAUCACCUUCAUGGGCCUGGAGAAGCUGCACCCUUUCGAUGCUGGAAAAUGGGGCAAGGUGAUCAAUUUCCUAAAAGAGGAGAAGCUCCUGGCCGACAGCAUGCUGGUGGAGGCUCGGGAGGCCUCGGAGGAGGACCUGCUGGUGGUACACACAAGGCGCUAUCUCAACGAGCUGAAGUGGUCCUUUGCCGUCGCCACCAUCACGGAGAUCCCCCCUGUCAUCUUCCUUCCCAACUUCCUGGUGCAGAGAAAGGUGCUGAGGCCCCUCCGGACCCAGACGGGAGGAACCAUAAUGGCAGGGAAGCUGGCCGUGGAGCGAGGCUGGGCCAUCAACGUCGGGGGCGGCUUCCACCACUGCUCCAGCGACCGCGGCGGCGGCUUCUGCGCCUACGCUGACAUCACGCUUGCCAUCAAGUUUCUGUUUGAACGGGUGGAGGGAAUCUCCAAGGCCACCAUCAUUGACCUGGACGCGCAUCAGGGCAACGGGCACGAGCGAGACUUCAUGGGUGACAGACGUGUGUACAUCAUGGAUGUCUACAACCGCCACAUCUACCCCGGAGACCGCGUCGCCAAAGAGGCCAUCCGGCGGAAGGUGGAGCUGGACUGGGGCACGGAGGACGAGGAGUACCUGAGCAAAGUGGAGCGGAACGUGGAAAAGGCCCUCCAGGAGCACCUGCCCGACGUGGUGGUCUACAACGCAGGCACCGACAUCCUCGAGGGGGACCGCCUCGGGGGGCUGUCCAUCAGCCCAGGGGGCAUUGUGAAGAGGGAUGAACUGGUAUUCCGGGUGGUCCGGGGCCACCAGGUCCCCAUCCUCAUGGUGACCUCAGGCGGGUAUCAGAAACGCACGGCCAGAAUCAUCGCAGACUCCAUCCUGAAUCUGCACGACCUGGGCCUCAUCGGGCCCGAGUCCCCCAGCGUCUCGGCACAGAACUCGGACACGCCGCUGCUGCCCCGCACCGUGCCCUGAGCGCCGGUGUCCCGCGUCUCCCCGCCUGCCUCCACCCUCGCGCGCCGCCCUUGCUGCUUACUGUCGUCUAACUUCCCGGGGCUGCGGGGGCA